GGAAGAGCCUCUCUUGAGUUCUUUGGAAGAAGGUAGAAGAAAGGACACUUCUUCAAAAUGGCAAUGGUAUCAGAAUUCCUCAAGCAGGUCUACUUUAUGGACAAUCAAGAACAGGAAUAUGUUCAAACUGUGAAAACAUCCAAAGGCAGUCCUGGGUCUGCCGUGAGCCCCUACCCUGGCUUUAAUCCCUCCUCUGAUGUUGAGGCUUUGUACAAAGCCAUAACAGUAAAAGGUGUGGAUGAAGCAACCAUCAUUGACAUUCUGACGAAGAGAAACAAUGCCCAGUGUCAGCAGAUCAAAGCAGCCUACCUCCAGGAAAAAGGGAAGCCACUGGAUGAAGCUCUGAAGAAAGCCCUCAAAGGUCAUCUAGAGGAAGUGGUUUUGGCUCUGCUGAAAACUCCUGCCCAGUUUGAUGCAGAUGAGCUCUAUGCUGCCAUGAAGGGUCUUGGAACUGAUGAAGACACCCUCAUUGAAAUUUUGGUAUCAAGAAAGAAUAGAGAAAUCAGAGAAAUUAAUAGAGUCUACAAAGAUGAACUGAAAAGAGAUUUGACCAAAGACAUCACCACAGACACAUCUGGUGAUUUCCGGAAGGCUCUGCUUUCUCUCGCUAAGGGUGACUGAUGUGAGGAUCUUGGUGUGAAUGAAGACCUGGUGGACACAGAUGGGGCUCUAUAUGAAGCUGGAGAAAGAAGAAAGGGGACAGACAUAAAUGUGUUCAACACCAUUCUGACCACCCGCAGCUACCCCCAUCUUCGCAGUGUGUUUCAGAGAUACACCAAGUACAGUGAGCAUGACAUGAACAAGGCUCUUGACCUGGAGCUGAAAGGUGACAUCGAGAGAUGCCUCACAGCCAUAGUGAAAUGUGCCACAAGCACACCUGCCUUCUUCGCUGAGAAGCUUCAUGAGGCGAUGAAGGGCGCUGGCACUCGCCACAAGGCGCUGAUCAGGAUCAUGUUCUCUCGCUCGGAAAUCGACAUGAAUGACAUCAAAGUGUACUAUCAGAAGAUGUAUGGGAUCUUGCUGUGCCAAGCCAUCCUGGAUGAAACCAACGGAGAUUAUGAAAAAAUUCUGUUGGCUCUUUGUGCAGAAAAUUAAACAUUCCUUUGAAGCUCUCAAGUAUUCUUAUUGGAAGACUUCUGAACCACAGUUUUUCAUUCUGCAACAUUGGCUUAACUAGGUAGGUUGGUUGAGCAGGUUUGCAGUGUAACUAUCUGCUUUCUGAAAAAAAAUAUAGCCUAUAAAUCUUUUUUAAUAUCACAACUCUGUAUAAUGGAGAUAAGUUUGUUUUUAAAAUAUGUUUUCAGAAAUCAUAAGAUCCCAUGUACAAGUUGUUUUAUUGCCUGACAAAAAUGUGUAAGUAGCUGAAAAUAAAAAUAAUGAUGUGAC